AUGUCGGUCGACAUCGAGCCUUUGGAGCUGAGCUUUCGGCGUCCCUUUACCCGCGAAGUGUCCCAGACUCUUACCGUCAAGAACCCCAGCACCACUCCCGUUGUCUUUAAGGCUAUGAAACAGGAGCCCGCUGCCGAUGCCAAGUGCCGUGACAAGUUCCUCGUCCAGUCCGCCCCUAUUACCGGCGACAAGGAGUUUGAGAGCAUCGCCUCUGUCUUUGAGUCGACGGAAAAGUCCGCCAUCACCGAGCGCAAGAUUCGCGUCAACUGGCUCCCCCCCCUCGGUGGCGAUGAUGUAUCUGCCGCUGCCUCGGCCGCCGCCGUGACUCCUAGAAAGCAAACGGGCACAAAUGGGCUGGCUGCCGACACCCCCGAUGCCAACCGCUCAUUCAACUCGCCCUCAGCCGGAUACGGCUCGCCUAACGCUUCGGAGCCCCCGCCAUACUCGGACGAGGCCAAGUCGGAACCUGAGGAUGUCAAGGCCGAGACGCCCAAGUCCGUCGGCACCGCUGCCUCCACGGCCCCCAUCGCCGCCGCCGCCGCCGCCACCGACAGGCUCGACGCCGCUACCGCGACGAGCAGCGACGUCCGUCAGCGCUCUGGAAAAAGCAGCAGUACUGCCGCGGAGGGUGUCGUUCCCCAGGCUCCCGGCCAGCUCAUCCAGGCAAUGCCGCACACGGUCCAGGGCGUAUCCGUUCCCGUCACGGCUUCCCUGUGCCUCCUCGCCUUUCUCAUCGGAUACCUGUUCUUUUAA